CCUCGGGGGCGGCCCGGCGCGCCCUGGGCCGGUGGAACGCUCCCCGCAGCCGUCGUCUGCCGGCCUGUCGCUCGUCGCUCGCGUCCCGGGGCGCGUGGCCGCCGCGAAGCAGUGGGAACUGCAGAUGGACCCACUUUGCCGUUAGAGAGGAGACUUGGCGACCGUCCGGAGGGCCUCGCACCGGGACGGGGGCGCCGGGACUGUGCACGUUUAACAGUUUUUGCUGACUUCUGUACAGUCUUAUAAUCCUACAAAACUAUUGUAUUGAAAAAUCAGGUUCUCAGUAUCGGGUUUAAUUGGAUGCGUUGGUGGUCAGCGUCAGUUCCGGACAGUUUGUUUCUUCGUUUCUUUUCCAGGAAUCGUCUGUAGAGUCGGUAUGCUAACGUUGCACAAGGCAGCGGCAGCUCUUCCUAAGCCGUCAAGAAGCAGGAUGUGUGAGUUUUUAAGAAGUUUUGGCUUUGAUCCUGGAAAACUGUUUCUUCAUAAACUAAUCCUGGGGAUUGAGACCAGUUGUGAUGAUACCGCGGCUGCGGUGGUGGAUGAAAGUGGAAAGGUUUGGGGAGAAGCCAUACAUUCCCAGACUGAAGUCCACUUAAAAACAGGUGGGAUUGUUCCUCCAGUAGCUCAGCAGCUUCACAGAGAAAAUAUCCAACGAAUAGUGAAAGAAGCUCUGUCUACCAGUAAAAUCUCUCCAAGUGAACUCUCAGCAAUUGCAACUACUGUAAAACCAGGACUUGCGUUAAGCUUGGGAGUAGGUUUAUCAUUUAGCUUACGACUAGUAGACCAGUUAAAAAUACCCUUCAUUCCCAUUCAUCAUAUGGAGGCUCAUGCACUUACUAUUAGGUUGUUAAAUAAAGUAGAAUUUCCCUUUUUAGUUCUUUUGAUUUCUGGAGGCCAUUGUCUAUUGGCAUUAGUUAGAGGAGUUUCAGAUUUUCUGCUUCUGGGAAAGUCUUUGGACAUAGCACCAGGUGACAUGCUUGACAAGGUAGCAAGAAGAUUGUCUUUGAUAAAACAUCCAGAGUGCUCCACCAUGAGUGGUGGGAAGGCUAUAGAACAUUUGGCCAAACAAGGAAAUAAACUGCAUUUUGAUAUCAAACCUCCCAUGCAACGAGCUAAAAAUUGUGAUUUUUCUUUUACUGGACUUCAGCAUGUUACUGAUAGGAUAAUAACACAAAAGGAAAAAGAGGAAGGGAUCCAGAAGGGACAAAUCCUGUCUUCAGCUGCACACAUUGCUGCUGCAGUACAGCACACAACAGCGUGCCACAUUGCAAAAAGAACACAUCGUGCCAUUCUGUUUUGUAAGCAGAGAGACUUGUUACCUCAAAGUAACGCAGUACUGGUUGCAUCUGGAGGUGUUGCAAGUAACUUCUAUAUCCGGAAAGCUCUGGAAAUUGUAACAAACGCAACACAGUGCACUUUGUUGUGUCCUCCUCCUAGACUGUGCACUGACAAUGGCAUUAUGAUUGCAUGGAAUGGUAUUGAAAGAUUGCGUGCUGGUGUGGGCGUUUUAUACAACACAGAAGGUAUCCGCUAUGAACCCAAAUGUCCUCUUGGAGUAGAUAUAUCAGAAGAAGUUGGAGAAGCCGCCAUAAAAGUACCACGGUUAAAAAUGGAGAUUUGAUUUUUGCUCUUCAAAAAAUCUCUUAAGAUUGCUGGGGAAAAAGCUUUCCUUCACCAUAAAUAGUUUGAAAAGCACCACUCUAGAAUACUGGGUAAGAAGUGGAUGACUGAGACUGGAAAACUCAUAAAAUUAGGAAAAAGUUUCAACACCUCCAAGACAGAAGAGACUUAUUGGUUCUUCAAGCAUUGAAAUUGCUACAUUUUCAAGAAAUAUGACAACUAUGGAAAAUAUGGAACAGUAGUAUUUCAUCAUUACAAACUAAUGACCUACCAAAAAGAUUUUACAUCUUAUGUAAUAUAUUUAAACAUUGCUGUUAAAAAGACUUGUAAUUUGAUGAUGUGGUCUAAGAACCUUCCUCCAUGAGCUCUUAACAUUUUAUGAAGAUAUUACCUUAUCUUGUGAGUGAAGAAGAUAGAGGACAUCAGCAUAUUUAAAUCCUUCGUUUUCUUGUAAUUCAUUCUGUAACAGAUCAUUCCUUAGGACAAUGCAUGCCAAGGAAAAUGCCACUUCAACCUAAUUAAUUGAUUUCAGAAAUUAAUUUUCUUUUCAUUCAUGGUUUAUCAAAUGACAUAUUUCAUUAUAUAAACAUUUAAAUAGGAUAUACUAAUCCAAAGAUACUAUAUAGUUCACUGAUUACAAUUCUCUAAUAUUUAGAGAGUGGCAUUUAUAAUGUCUGGAGGAAUGUCCCUUAUAAGUUUUAAAAGCUGGGAAAAUAUCCUUCCUCCAUGUGCCAGCACAACCACGCAGCUCCAUUGGGAGGCCUGGGGGGAAGCAACCAGAGCCAGCUGGAAAUGUGAGGAGGUAUUCUCUUAAGUGCAUAGUUGUAUCCCUUCCACAUCUUAAAAAAAAAAAAAAAAUGUUUUUAAUUUCUGGCAUGGGAUAGGCUGUUUUGAACUGCUUGUUAGCCACUGACCGUUGAGUCAUAAGACUUCAAUGGAAUGCCUACGAAUUAAGCAAAGCACUGGGUAGUAGGCCUGAGAAAUAGUUUUCCUCCUCUAUUUCUGGGGUCAUCUGAUGCACACUCUGAAGCCUUUUAGGAGGAUGUAAAUGGACCUCAUUUAUUGUUGGAACUCAACAGAUAAGUUCUUUAAGUAUUACACAUUUCUAUGAAAAAUAUAAUGAAUUUGAAAAGCA